AUGGGUGGGAGCAAGGGCAAAGCGUCCCAGCGCCAGGAGGGCCCCAGGAGGCCGGUCGCAGCAGAGCAGGAGUCCCGGUCGGGCAGCGCCCACUGCGCACCCAGCCAGGAAAGCGGACAGGGUCGAGGUAAGGCCCGAAGGACCAGACCGGUCUUGGAACCGGUCACUGCGGGAAGCCACAGGACCCACGCUGGCCGCCGGAAGCCCACCGCAGAGCAGAACGGCGGCUGCAGACGGUCAGGGGCUGGGCCGCCAGCAGAGGCCCAGGGGAGACUAGGCAGUGCGCGGCGUCGGGGACGCGGAUCUAAGGAGAGCCGCGAGCCCCGGGAGGACCGUGGCGGGCGCCUGGAGGAAGAGAGUCUCUCCCGAGAAGGGACAACGAGUGAGCUCUGCCGCCGCAGGAGGAGAGGAAAAGGGCGGGGACCCUCGGCUCGGCAGGGCUGCCGGGAGACUCGGAGCCUGCAUGGGGACACGUCGGGUGGAGACGGGGGCAGCUCUUGCCCGGACAGCGAAGCCCGCGAGGCCCAGGAGAGCGACAGCCAGAGCACUGGGGCCCCAGAGCUGCGACCCAAGCCGGAGCAAAAGGACACGGUCCCGGGAGACACCCAAACCGAGUCGGAGCCAGAGCUGGAACCCGGCGAACGCCCCAGCAGCGACGGCGGGGGCAGCGCUGAACCCCGGAGCCGGGAAGGGCCGUCGGGGGUGGGACCCCAGGGAGAGAAGGAGGAUUCCGGGACAGACACGGAAUCGAGUCUGGAGGGGGCCGGACCUGGAGGGGGCCCACGGACAGCCCCAGGAACGGCGAGCCAGGCCACCGAAGCCGAAGAGACUAGGCCGGGCAAAAAACCCAAGGCCCCCAGCCCCCUCGAGGGCAGCCCAGAGUGCGUCCCCCGGAGCUCGAGGGCUUCUCGGGACCCCGGGCUGGCCCGGGACACAAGAAACAGCGAGGCGCGGCCGGAGGCUGGGUCGCAGGGCGCCGAGCCGGGAAGAGCCGAGGCCUCCGGGACUCGGCGCCUCCAGGUCGGAAAGGCGGUGGGGGAGGUGCAAGUGGCGGCAGGUGAGAGCGAAUCUGGGGCUGGAGGGGGAGACGGGCCCCGGGACCCAGCGCCGCUGGCCGCCCUCGUGGCGCUCCGCAGGCUCCGCGCGAAAUCCCCGGCAGGCCCCGCUCCCCAGGCCGCCGCUUCGGCUCCCCGCCGCGCCGGCCUUAAAGAGCGGCUGCGGCGCGUGGCGCGCGCCCUGGGUCUGCUGCGGUGGCUUUGGCUGCGGCUGCGGCGGCCCGAGGGCGAGGGCCGGGGGGCGGGGUCGCGGGCGGCCGGGGGGCGGGGCCGCAGGCCGGGAGCGAGGCGCCGUCUCGCGCUGCGCCUGGCGGGCGUAGCGAGACUGGGGGCGCGGCCCAGGCCUCCCCCUGGCGGCGGCUCGAGCUCCCCACAGCCUUCGAAGAGCCCAGCUCCCGAGGACCCUUCUGAGGAUGAGGACCGGACUCCGGAUCCCAAGUUCGCGGUCGUGUUCCCCAGGAGGCACAGGACCGGGAGGGAGUCGAGCAGUCGGAGCUCAGAGGAAGCGUCCGCGGACGCCCCAGCCCGGGGGGGACGCGUUUGGCCUUGUGAAGGGGCUUCGGGGGACAGGGAGGGGCGCAGGGCGAGUGGAGAAAGUGUGGCCGGGCCCCGCCGGGGCUCUCUCCUCGGCCCUGCUCCCCGCGACGAGCCCCCACUGGACGAGAGCGGCUCCAGCAGUGAAGCGGGGCCGGAAACCUUGGAGGCCGAGGCUCCGGUCCACUGGACUCAGAGCUCGGAACCCCGCGAGGACCCCGGACUUGACACCGACGACGCGCUGCUGCCUCGACUCACCUUGGAGACCCACCUGUGGUGGGAGAGAAGCCCGGGCCCCUGCGGGCCUCCGAGGGGGCGGUGGGUGCCAGAAGAUGAGGCUGAGGAGGCGCUGGAGAGGGACCUGGAGCUGAGCCUCGGGCCGGGCCUGGAGGUACCGCCCUCCCUGGGAGCGGAGGGCAGGAGCCUUGCGGAAGGCCUGGAAGACACGGACGACCUGGCUCGGCUGCGACCAGUGUGUAACAGCUCUGUGCUGCUGUGCCUCAAGAAGAGGUUUCAUCUGGGCCGAAUCUACACCUUUGGGGGACCCUUUCUGCUCUCCCUGAACCCCCGCCGGCCCCUGCCUCUCUUCUCAGCUGAGGUCCUGGCCAGCUACCACCCCAAGAAGGCCCUUAACACCACCCCACACAUCUUCGCCAUCGUGGCGUCAGCCUAUCGCCUGUCUCAGAGCACUGGGCAGGGCACAUGCAUUCUCCUCGGUGGGCACAGUGGCUCAGGGAAGACAGAAGCUGCCAAAAAGAUUGUGCAAUUCCUAAGCAGCGUGGAGCAGGAGCAAACAAGGGACAGAAGAUGUCAGCUGGACGGUGUGCUGCUGAUGCUUCGCAGCUUUGGCCACGCCAAAACAGUCCUCAAUGCAAACGCCAGUCGCUUCGGCCAGGUCUUGCGUCUCUGCCUGCAGCGUGGGGUCAUCGUGGGAGCUUCUGUGUCACAUUAUCUGCUGGAGGCCUCGAGGGUCGUGUUUCAGGUAAGACCUGUGCUGCUGCUCGCCUCUCUCCAGCUUCCCAGAGUGGGAGAGGGAGAGGGGCCAUGCAGGGAGUGUGGUUGCUAACCCCCUUGCCCCCCACCCUGCAUCCCUGCCUUUCCCAGGACUUGUCCUUGCUCCCCUGAGGCACAGGACCAGAGCCCUGCUCUCCCUAAGCCAGUCCUUCUCCCCAAGGCCCAGGCUGAGCGGAGCUUCCAUGUUUUUUACGAGUUGCUGGCGGGGCUGGACCCUGUGGCACGGGAGCAGCUCUCCCUACAAGGGCCGGAGACCUACUACUACCUGA